AUGGACGUGGACGUGGACGUGGACGUGGACGUGUACGUGGACAUGAACGUGGACGUGGACGUGGACGUGGACGUGGACAUGGACGUGGACAUGGACAUGGACGUGGACGUGGACGUGGACGUGGACGUGUACGUGGACAUGAACGUGGACGUGGACGUGGACGUGGACGUGGACGUGGACAUGGACGUGGACAUGGUCAUGGACGUGGACGUGGACGUGGACGUGGACGUGGACGUGGACGUGGACGUGUACGUGGACGUGUACGUGGACGUGGACGUGGAAGUGGACGUGGACGUGGACAUGGACGUGGACGUGGACGUGGACGUGGACGUGGACAUGGACGUGGACUUGGACGUGGACAUGGACGUGGACGUAGAAAUGGACAUGGACGUAGACGUGGACAUGGACGUGGACGUAGACGUGGACGUGGACGUGGACGUGGACGUGGACGUGGACAUGGAGGUGGACAUGGAGUGGACAUGGAGGUGGACGUGGAGGUGGACGUGGACGUGGACGUGGACGUGGACAUGGACGUGGACGUGGACAUGGACGUGGACGUGGACGUGGACGUGGACGUGUACGUGGACGUGGACGUGGACGUGGACGUGGACGUGGACGUGGACGUGGACGUGGACGUGGACGUGGACUUGGACGUGGACGUGGACGUGGACGUGGACGACGUGGACGUGGACGUGGACGUGGACAUGGACGUGGACAUGGACAUGGACGUGGACGUGGACGUGGACGUGGACGUGGACGUGUACGUGGACAUGGACGUGGACGUGGACGUGGACGUGGACGUGGACAUGGACGUGGACGUUGACAUGGACGUGGACGUGGACGUGGACGUGGACGUGGACGUGGACAUGGACGUGGACGUGGACGUGGACGUGGACAUGGACGUGGACGUGGACGUGGACGUGGACGUGGACGUGGACGUGGACGUGGACGUGGACGUGGACAUGA